AUCUUCGGCGUUUCAAAAAUAUGAGUAAAACCUAUAAGAUGGCAGAGUCAUUGAUGCCUUCUCUCUCUCUCUUUCCCCCAUUUCUAUACGUCGCCCUUCUUCUUGCACUUUAUCACUCUAACUAAACACAAAUAUGUCUGCUGGUCUUCGUGAAGCAUUCGCUACUGCCAAGGCGGAAAAUCGCCCUGCAUUUGUCACUUUUGUCACAGCUGGUUAUCCUGAUCCAGCAACAUCCGUUGAAGUCUUGCUGUCUCUGCAACGUGGUGGAUCCGACUUGAUUGAACUUGGCGUCCCUUUCACCGAUCCUUUAGCCGAUGGCCCCACAAUUCAAUAUGCAAACACUGAAUCCUUAAAACACAAAACCGACGUUACCAUGUGUCUGCAAAUGGUACGCGACGCACGCGCUCGUGGACUGACCGUUCCCGUGGUAUUCAUGGGCUACUACAACCCUGUCCUUGCAUAUGGCGAAGAAAACCUUGUACGCGACUGUAAAGAAGCCGGCGUGAACGGAUACAUUAUGGUCGACUUACCACCAGAGGAAUCACACACCUUCCGCAACGUCUGCUUAAAGUACGGUCUUUCAUUUGUUCCACUCGUUGCCCCCUCGACCGUCGACAGCCGAAUUCCCAUGUUGGCCGAAGUCGCCGAUUCGUGGAUGUACGUCGUAUCUCGUCUUGGCGUCACGGGCGCCACCAAAGAAGUCAGCCAGUCCUUGCCUGAGCUCAUGGCCCGUAUCAAAAAGUUCACAGACGUGCCCUUGGCCAUUGGCUUUGGCGUGUCUACGCGCGAGCAUUUCGAAACGGUCGCUGCUCACGGUGACGGUGUCGUCAUUGGCUCACGUAUCAUUACUGUGAUCCGCGAAGCCGUGGAAGCCAAAAAGGACGUUGCUCAAGUUGUCGAACAGUACUGCUCUGAAGUAUGCGGCCGCAAGCCUGUUGAACUGGCUGCUGCUGCCGUGCAGCCCCAAGCCGAUCUCGAAGUGAGCGAUGUGGCCGGCAAGGGCAUUGUUGUUGGCAAGGAACUCAAGAGCUUUUACGAACUGACCACGCGUUUCGGUGACUUUGGUGGCGCGUAUGUGCCAGAAAUUCUCGUCGACUGUCUCACUCAACUUGAACGGUGCUUCAUUGACGCCAUCAACGAUCCUGAAUUCACUGCCGAAUUCGAAUCGUACUAUGACUACAUUGCCCGUCCUUCGCGUCUGCAGCUUGCUGAUCGUCUGACCGAAAGCGCUGGCGGUGCUCGCAUCUGGCUCAAGCGUGAGGAUUUGAACCACACGGGUGCACAUAAGAUCAACAAUGCUGUCGGCCAAAUCUUGCUUGCCAAGCGCUUGGGCAAGAAGCGUAUCAUUGCAGAGACCGGCGCUGGUCAACACGGUGUUGCCACAGCUACUGUCUGUGCCAAGUUUGGCAUGGAAUGUGUUGUCUACAUGGGCGAAGAGGACUGCAGACGCCAGGCGCUGAACGUUUUCCGUAUGCGCAUGUUAGGCGCUACUGUUGUGCCUGUUGGCAGCGGCUCGCGUACCUUGAAGGAUGCCAUCAACGAAGCUAUGCGUGACUGGGUCACCAAUGUGUCUACCACGCACUACUUGGUCGGUUCCGCCAUCGGUCCCCAUCCUUUCCCCAUGAUCGUCCGCCACUUCCAGUCUGUCAUUGGUAGCGAAUCCAAGAGACAGCUGCAAGAAAAGGCAGGCAAGUUGCCCGAUGUCAUUGUUGCCUGUGUUGGCGGCGGUUCCAAUGCUAUUGGCAUGUUCCAUCCAUUCGUCGAAGACAAGUCUGUCCGCAUUAUUGGUGUCGAAGCCGGUGGCAGUGGUGUCAACACGGCUCUUCACUCGGCUACUCUGACCAAGGGCACACCCGGUGUGUUGCACGGCACACGUACCUACCUGCUCCAGGACGAAAAGGGCCAGAUCAUCGAGACCCACUCCGUGAGCGCUGGCUUGGAUUAUCCCGGUGUUGGUCCUGAACACGCUUUUCUCAAGGAUUCCGGCAGAGCUGAGUAUCGUGUGGCCGACGAUGCCGAGGCAUUGAUUGGUUUCCGUAAGCUUACGCAGUUGGAAGGUAUCAUUCCUGCUCUCGAAUCAUCGCACGCCUUGUACCAUGCCAUUGAAGAGGCAGCGAAGCUCCCCAAGGACCAGGACAUCAUUGUAUGUCUCUCUGGUAGAGGUGACAAGGACAUGCACACUGUUGCAGAAGUCCUUCCCGAGCUUGGUCCCAAGAUUGGCUGGGACUUGCGUUUCUAAUUCUCCAUCCUUUACAUCCUUCCUGCAUAUAAAAAGCCAUAUAUCCUUUCGUACAUUCUCUCUUUCUCUCUCUCAUUGUCAUGUAACAUAAAAAAGCAAGCCAUGUAGUUGUCAAUAUUUUUUUUUCUUUCAUGAUUAAACAAACAACCAUGAACACAUA